CAGCAGCGGAGCGGAGCGCCUCGCUCAACAUCUGACGUUACACACGGAUCUCUACACGUUUACUGGAUUUGGGAAUCAAACACAGUGGAUGACCCCGGUGAAUGAGGGGUCUUCACAGCCGAGGUUAGGACAAGGACACGAUCUGCUUCUUCUUCACCUGCCCAUCAUCGAACCAAGUGCCUUGGUGCCGGCCACCGUCAGGUCAUCUCAUCUGGGACGGGUGCCAAACAAUAAGUCUUGACCUGCUGCCCCUGAGAAGAUCUGCACUCAACAAAUAUUUGAGGCCAUUAUAUCUCAUUUCACCGGCCAGCCACCACCAAGAAGAUCAACAGUGAAGGGUGCAGUUAAGAGACGAAACGAGAGAAGCGAAAAGAGGGGGAGGAAGAAGAAACCCUUUCAAAGUGCACCCCUGCCUAUUUCUGCCACGCUGUGGGCAGGGAGCAUCUUAUUUGGGAGCUCUGCUGGCUGACAAAAAAAGCAUGUCUCCAUUGCCUGCCUGGUCAGAUGCCUGGGUAAAUACUAGAUAGAGAUAUCAAUUAGUCUGAGUUCUUCCACCGCCCAACAAAGAGACUGUGAGCUAUCUAUAGAAAACAGCAACAAACUUGGACUUUGCGGUCACUUGAAUUACCACUUCUUCAUAACCCUUUCAGAAAGUUUUGAGAGCUGUGAGAAACAAGAAUGAGAGUCGCUGCAAUUUUUUACUUUUAGAAACUUCUCCAAAGCCAACAACAGCUCACUGUGGGGACCGGAAGCUCGGAGCCAGUUUAGAAACUGCAGUUUUGAUGUCUUUCCCUGCUCAGUAAAGUAACAUGAAACCCCUCACUCCAAUUGGGUCCCCCUCUCCUCUGAGGCUGCUCAACAAGGGUCCUGAUUACCUGCGGAGGCAGAUCGACGGUGGGGGUCACGGUCGUUCGGUCAGCGCUGUGGAGAGGCUUGAGGCUGACAAAGCCAAAUAUGUCAAGAGUCAGCAGGUGAUCAACACCAAACAAGAACCUGUGCUUGUUCCCUGUGCCACGCCACCUCCACAGCCUCGGAGAGCCAUCUCUGUACCCGGGAGCUUGACCCCUCGUUCUUCUCCGCGACGGUCAUGCAACACCCCCUUCUCUACUCUCUCUGGCUCCUUCACCUCAAAAGACGAAAAUGAAAAUGAUGAUGCCAGAAAGGAGAACAGACGAACUUCUAUUGACAUCAAAACACACAACAGGAGCAAUGUGAGCAAAGUUAUGCUUCCAAGCCCCAGGACGCCUGGAAUUAACAGCCUGGUAGCGCCACACAGUGCCCCAGUUCUCAGAAGGAGUACAGGCAAGCGCAUGCUGAGGCCAGACUCCCUGUUAAUAUACAGGCAGAAGAAAGAGUGCAAAAGCCCCAACAGGACCACAAUGGGAGAGAACAAUAACAUAGAGUUGAAGGGAUAUAGUUUUGUACGUCGCCUCUUCCAGGGUUCAAUGAGAGAAAAGAGUGGCGGAGGAGAAAGAGUUCAGAAGAUGGUGAUAGGUGACGAGAAAGCACCUUCACGGGAUGGGGACUCUAGAAUGUCUUGGACCAACGACAAAGAUGUUACAGAUGCAGGACCAAUGAGUCGAAGGUCAAGCAAGAUGGACCAAGAACGCACCCCAGAGUCUAUCCAAAGUACGGGUUUGAACUGCACAUUAGAAAACACAAAAAAUGGUUUUAUUAAUGGCGCCACUGAACAAAUAAACAUUAGACAUGAUGAUGAGAGUGAUCCAUGGAAGCGUGCCUCCCCAAUGCCACAGAGAAGGCAGUUUGGAGAACUGCAGCGCUCCAAGUCAGACCUGCGUUUGCGCUGUUCGGUAGCUUUAUCAGAGCAGGAGCAUUUCUUUGACUUCUGUGGACUGGACAUGGACAUGAUAGAGCGUCUGGGCCGGGAGAAUUUCCUCUCUUAUGCCAGCUCAAUUGACACGCUUUCCUUGGCUCUGCGGAGUGUAGGAGGGGACGGCUGUGGUGGCUCAGAGCCCAGUGAGUUUUCCCGUCACUCAGGAGAUGGACUGUUUCAGGAAGAACUGGCAGAGCAGCUUCCCACUGGCGUGUCCAUCAUCGAGAGAAAUGCCCGUGUCAUUAAGUGGCUGUAUGGGUGCAAGAAUGCAGUUCAGGAAGGACCCAAAGAGUCAACUGUAUAGUAUGAGGAUUGAAGAUUUGCAGUUGGAACCAGAAGUUUACAUACACUGUGCACUGUCUUUAUAUUUCCCUAACAUUUGAUUUGUAUUUUGCCAUUCUCUCAAUAGCUUGCAGGAAGUUUGGCCCAUUCCUCCUGACUGAACUGGUGUCAGUGGAUCGUUUUUGUUGGCUGCCUUGCUUGCAGCAAUCCUAAUUGACAUAAAACUGGAAAAGUUUAGUAUGAUUCCAUGUCAAACAGUGAAGAUAAAUAUCUUUUGUAUCAAAACAUCUGGUUUCAACUGCAUGUGCCAUGGAAUGCUAAAAGUUUAUUUUCAUAUAAACUGUAAGCCAGAGUUUAGGUGUAUUCUUAAAAGUACCAAUUAAACUAAUUAGUUUUGCUCAAUAAUCUAUAAACUAGGUAAAGGAACAAAUAGCUUUUCAAUUUGAACAGUUUUCAGGCAUUAAUACAGGAUCCAUACACCAGAGGAUUAGAUUAACGUUGAGCUGACAGAUGACUUCUUCAACACCAAAUGCCGGUGUUGCAGUCAAGACCACCUAACCCGAGACCAAGACAGAAUGUACAAAGACCGAGACAAGACCAAGACUAUUAGGGUCCAAGACCGUGUCAGGAUUAAGACCAGUGCUACAUGACACAAUAAAAUGUGAAAUAUGAUCAAAAUUCCUAAACAAUUUGAUCUGAAAGAUUUACAUUCCCAUAAAAAACACCUAGAUAUUAAAUACUCAGAGCUGGAAUAUAUGUAAACUAUUAGUAGCAGAACAAAUUCUUUGCUCUGCUUAUCUAAAAAGAUAAUGCCCUGGGCAUUUGCCCGUAUCGUUCAUGCCAGAAGUCACUGCUGACUGCACCAUGAAACAUCGCAAUUGAGACAAUGCCCUGAUGGUAAACAACGCUCAACUGUGAUCACUGACCAAAGAGCAACAAGAAAUAAAUAACCAAACACAAGGUGCUCACCAUGACUGCUCUCACCCUCUCUCCCACUGCAUGAAGCCAGGCAGCACAAUGCCAUGAAGUCCAAGGCAGCAGUCAUUUCAGCUGCCACUUUGAACGAAAACAAUCAAUGAGCAAUGUGCAUGCUCUGUAUGCUUUUUUGCUCUUGUGUUUUAUUGAUUUGCUAAUUAAAUAAAUAUCAAUGUAUAUAAUUAAAUAAAAAUAAUGAUAGCUACUACAGCGCACGCAGAGCAUUACAAGAGCAAAGAACAACUGUCAGUGAGGCUCCGGUCCUGUCUUUUUAGUAAAGAGAAGUUCAGAAGACUCGGAUUGUUCGUGAAUGUCUCAUCACUACUUUGCAGACUUUUGGACACAGUCAGACCAAGACCAGUCUAGAAAACUACAACACUGCCAAAUGCUAAUGUAUUUCUUGUAUUACUUGUACUGUAUAUGUAUAUUUUUUGUUUUUUCUUAAGUUGUGUGGUAAAUACUAAAGAACCAUCAGUCGGUUCUUUAGUAUUUACCUCACAACUUACUCAUUAACACUAACAAUAGCUUUCGUAUAUUUAUUGCGAGCUUAAAAUUUAGCACGUAGUUGAUUAGCUCAAAGGGUGAUGCAGUUAACAGGUCUUAUGUCUGGAAUUUGUUGAACUUUUACAUAUUUCUUAAGACGAUUUUGAAAAACUCAUCUGUUCAACUGAAGUUACUAGAGCUUCAUAAUGCAAAACAACAGCAUUUAUGUAUCUGUUUUGUAUUUCCUUUGAACUAAAAUCAGCAUUACUGGCAUUCCAUGGCAUAUAAUUACCUUUAGUUCCUCUACUGUAGAACAGCUGAUAGUUUCAUCUUGUCAGAUUUAAAUGUUGUAUUUAUAGAAUCUAGCGACUAUUUGUAUGAGUGUGAACUGUCCUUACUCUCCCAGUGUAGCUUGAUAGUAUCAGUGGGUGAGUGAUGUGGACAUUAUCCUUUACAUUUCAAGCUUCUUUUCAGUAUUUUUUAUUUUGUUUUUGGCAGAACUGGAUUCUGAGCAGACUUGAAUUCCCCAUGUAACCCAUCAAAAGGCACAUAGAUGUUUGAAACAUGCUUACAGGUUGUUACUCUUGACAGUAAUGCUCCCUCAUACUGAGUAAUUUAAAAACCACUAAGCUAUAUUUUUCUUUGUAAACAGUGAUUGUGUGAGAGUGAAGUGAACUGUGUACCUCAUUUGAAUCUGUCCCAGUUGAGUUUGUUUCUUUUUCUUUAUUUUUUUUCUCUUACAAUUUUCGUCCUUAAACGCAGGCGUUGGAAUAAACUCGUGAGACGCUCCUGUGGGGUGUAUGAUUGCACUGAACUGGACAGAUCGAGGAAAUUAGAGAGUGUAAAAUUCACCAGGAUGUUUAACACUGAGCUGGUUUCAGAAGAACAUCAGCAUCCAGAACAACUUUAAACGAUGUUUGGCCGUAUUAAUAUUUUAUUUUACUUCAUUUAUUUGAACUGCUUACAAAGGUCAAGAAAAUUAUUAAAGUUGAGAUCAAUGCAUUUCACACCAGUAUAGUGACUAUUAUGUAAGUUUCUGAUUCAUUAACCAUAAUACACAUAGAAAACCUGGGUUAAUAUUCCACCCUGUAAAGACUUUGAACUGGAAUCCUACAAACUAAUUUGUACAACUCUGAAAAGAGGCAGAAGUUGUUGUAGGGAUGUUGUAGGGAGUCACUUUCACCAACUGCUAGUUUACAGAUGUUUAACCCAUGCAGCUGGUCCAUGAAAACAUGCAGGGGAGGACUAACCAACUUUCCUCCCACUGAUAAGCACAGAUCCUACCUCACUUCAUCCAUUUCUCACUGCGUCACACUUCCCUGAAAGGUCAUUCCCAUUUCUUGCCCUGGAAGAUGCCACUGUAAUCUGUUAAAGUAUGUGGAGGUUAGCCUGCGAGGACUCAUGGACUGAGUGCUAACCAAAAAUGAUGGGCUUAGUUUAUUUAUACAUGUCCUAAAUUAAAACUUGUAGCCUUGAUGUUUUUCUGUAUUUGUCACAAGCAUGACACACUUCUGAAACUGCUUUUACAUAGACCUAUUUUUAUUGCAUGUUUACAAAGUGGCUCUAAAAUUUGGUGUAUAUGAGAGAGAUUUUUUUUAUUCCAAAAAGGUUUUGUGUAUGAUGUACACUGCUAAUAAAAACAGAAAAG